AUGCCGCACAAGGUCUUCAUCGUCACCGGCGCCAGCAAGGGCCUCGGCGCCGCCGUCGCAAAGCAUCUGCUCGGCCAGUCGCACAAGGUCGUCCUCGCCGCCCGCUCUGCGGCGCCCCUGGCGGCUCUGCAAAAGGCGCACCCGGGCCAAGUCGAGUAUCUGGCGGGCGACAUGACCGACCCGGCGAUGCCGGGGGCGUUGGCUGGCCUGGCGGUCAGCGCCUUUGGCAAGAUUGACGGCUUGGUCAUCAACCACGGAUUGAUCGUCUCGGAGAGAAUCGACAAGAUCAGUCUGCAAACGUUCAAGAACCUCUACGACGUCAACGUCUUUAGCUGCUUGGCCAUGGCACAAGCCGCACUAGGGGAGCUUCGCAAAAGCAAAGGCUGCAUCGUCUGGGUUUCAUCCGGUGCGGCGCAAAAGCCGUACGCGGGAUGGAGCGCUUACGGGUCAUCAAAGGCUGUGCUGAAUUCCUUAUCUUCACACCUUGCGGUGGAGGAAAGGGACAUCACCAGCAUCACAGUGUCACCAGGCAGGAUUGAUACCGACAUGCAAGCCGAGGUCCGAUCCGGCGGCAUGGAAGCCAUGGACGAGGCACAGUACAAAUCGUUUGUGGAUGCUUUCCAGCAAGGCAAGCUGCUCAAGCCUGAACAGCCCGGCAGUGUCAUUGCCAGGUUCGUGGCCAGCCCCCAGCGGGAUCUAAGCGGUAAAAAUCUCACUUGGAACUCGCCGGAAAUGGCCCCCUACCACGAUUGA